AUGGUGUUCAGACGAUUUUUUGCUAAGCCUGAUAUGCAUGAUGUUAUCCCUAGUCCCAGAGAUGAGACCGUCUUGACCGUUAGUCUGGUGUCAUUGAUGGCUAUUGCGUUCACCCGAAUUACGGACCAAAACAGACAGUUGAAGAUACUUAUCGAUUUCAUAUAUCGACUGUUAGAGCUUUAUGCAGUAUCUGAAUGGGUUAUACACGAUGCUGUCGAUUGUGCGCUUUCUAAGAUUGCAUCGGCUUCGGGUAUGCUGGUCUCAGAAUUUUUAUACAAACAUAGUACAUAUAUCGUUCACCAUAUUGCGAUAUCCGCUCGGUCUCGUUCUGAGCAUAAUCACGCACCAGUGGUAUUUUGCUCCUUACUGGAUAAAGUUGAUGAUCACCGUGUGUACGACAGUGUGAAAUACAUGGCUGAAGAUCUACUGCAGGGGUUGGAUAGGUGCAAACAGGACUUCUGCAUUCUGGUCAUGCGCUCUAUGCUUUCUUUCGUUUCGGCUGUAGGCCGAUGGUUCUCUGAUUUGAAGCCCUUGGAGGUGGAAACAAACCUAAUUGUUGGCAAUGACUCUGAAGAAGCACUAGAAGCUCGCAAGAGAAAACCCCCAUCACCGAUCGCUGACGUCGAGCACAUUUUGUUGAGGACUAAGCAUCUUAUGUCGUCUCCACAUCUUCCUCUCCGAUUGUUAGCAAUGAGAAUUCUUCGAAAAGGUGAG